AUGGUUCAAAAUGAAGGUUUGGUGAAUCCGAUGUGGCAUGACUUGGAAAGCCUGGGUCUGUACCUGGGGCAGCCGGCCCCUCCUCAAGCCUCGCCGGUGAACAUGUGCGGCGUGGGCACCAUGAGCACCGUCGUCCUCACCGUCAAGGACGCCACCGAAGAACCUCUUCUCGACACCUGCAACAUAGUCACCUCGUUACCGUCCAACCCGCACGGGUUCGGCCCGGCCGUCCAGGUCCGCGCCGAAGACAUUAACAGUUACCACGGCGACGUCCUCCUCGACUUCGACGCCCUCCUAAACAGCGCAGCCGAAGAGCACCAACAGUUCGCCGUCCAACCGGUCGAGAACGUCCCCCAGGUCCAAGUCCCCGUCAACGUCGAGGACACCAACUACAUCGACAUCAACACAUUCAUGCCCGAGCAGCGAUCGAUAGCCCAGAACAACACAGUGACCUUCAACGCCCUGAUGACCGUCCUCCCGACGCCUACCGACCCCUGCUUCUUCAACCACGAGCAGAUGUCCCCACCCGCCAGCCCCGGCACCUGCAAUAACCUAAUCAACGACAACUUCUCGAAGAUGAAGAUCGAGGACACUAGGUUCUACCCGACCAUGUACAGCAUGGAGCCCAUCCAAGGCGACUUCCAGACGGUGCCUUCGAGGAUGAUCACCCCACCGUCCUCGCCGAACUUAGCCGACAAGCCGAAGAAGGAGAGGAAGCUGGUGGCCCGGAAGAAGAUCACCAACCACACGUGUUACCACCUGGGCUGCGGGAAGACCUACACCAAGUCCUCGCACCUCAAGGCCCACCUACGCACCCACACCGGCGAAAAGCCUUACCAGUGUAAUUGGGGAGGCUGCGGGUGGAAGUUCGCGCGCUCUGAUGAGCUGACGCGGCACUACCGCAAGCACACGGGGGAUAGACCCUUCCAGUGCCGGCUGUGCGAUAGGGCUUUCUCGCGCUCGGACCACCUCUCGCUCCACAUGAAGCGGCACGUCAAUAACUGAUAGCCGAGGGGCCAUCCCGCAGGCAUAUCAUUAGUCAGGACCUCCGUCCCGCUUGGCGUCAGCUCUCCGACUUCGGGAGAGAGGUUAGGUGUGAAGAGGCGGUCUGAAUGGUCCCGGUGGAUAUGAGUGACACGGCACACGUCCAUCAAAUGGUUCAGGCUUAGUAAGUAAUAUAUCAAACGAGUUAA